AUGAAGGCCUUCACUCUUGCGACAGUGGCCUCGGCGCUGCUGUCCAACCAAGUCUCUGCGCUUCCCACUGUUAACGCCGACACCCCUAUCCCUCUCAACGCGUUCAAGCUCAACCAGCGCUCUGGAAAGGAGGACCCCCAUUUCGGUAUUGACCCUGAGAUCAUCCGCAAAUAUGCCUCUAUGUCUCCUCCCGCUUUGGGAAAGCGUGUCAUUGACUUCGAUCCCAAGAAGCAACUCAUUGACGUCCAUGGAGACCACGAGUUCAAGGCCCCUGACUGGGACGCUGGUGAAAUUCGAGGACUUUGCCCUGGACUGAACACCCUCGCCAACCACAAUUACCUUCCUCGUAACGGUGUUGCCACUUUCACCCAGUAUAUCAACGCUGUUGGCGAGGUCUGGGGUAUGGCUCCCGACUUGGCCACCGUCCUGACCACUCUUGGUGUCGUUAUCGGCGGAAACCUUUUUGCCGUCUCACAGGGUGGCUACUCCAAGCACAUGAGCAACAACCUCUUUGGCCUUCUCGGUACCCCCCGUGGCUUGGAUGGCACUCACCCUCUCUUUGAGGUCGAUGGCAGCCCUACUCGAGGUGAUCUCUACGACCCCAUCGGCAACAACAACGAAAUGAAUAUGACUUACUUCAUGGACUUGUACAACCUCCAAAAGGAUGCCGAAGACCCCAACUACAGCGUCGAGGUCCUGUACGAGCACAACAAGAACCGCUGGUACCAGACCAUUGGCUUCAACCCCUUUGCCUGGUUCGGCCCUGCUAGUGGCUGGAUGGUGCGCGCCAGCCCUUACUCCUUCACUGCUCGUCUUGCUGCCAACUAUUCCGCCGAAUACCCUGCUGAAGGCCGUCUUAACAAGGAGGGUCUCAAGGCUUUCUUCUCUGUUUACGGACCUGAGGACAACAUGACCUACGUUGUCGGCCAUGAGCGCAUUCCCGAGAACUGGUACCGCCGCCGUUACACCGACUUUGGUGUCGCUGCCCUCGCCGUCGACAUUGUCACCCACAGCCACCCUGAAGUUCUGAGCAUUGGCGGCAACACCAACGGUGUCAACACCUUUACCGGCAUCAACAUCAACGACAUUGGUGGCGGCCUCCUCAACGGCAAGAACCUUCUCGAGGGCAACCACCUCGUCUGCUUCGCUCUCAACGCUGUCAAGACCGUUGCUCCCAAUGCCCUGUCCUCUCUCUUCGCUACUCUGUCUUCUGUCACUGAUAUCCUUUUCGCUGCUCUUGAGCCCAUCAUGGGCGCUAUGGAUUGCCCUGUCUACGAUGAUCUCAGCGUCAACGGAACCAACUGGCUCGAGUACAACAAGAAGAUGUACCCUGGUUUCAAGAAGGCUGGCAUGGGCUGGUAA